CAUCAGAGAAACGCAACGAAUGGCGUAUUUCAGUUUAAUCUUGACGUGUGACAAGCAGUGUAUCGAACAGUGUCGAGAGAUUUUCGAGAAGUGAUCGUUGCCAUCGACGAGAAACAUCGUGCAGAUUGUAAUAGGUUGUAAAUUAAUUGCAACGCACAUGACUCGUGAGAUUCUAGUGUCGAUAUAAAAAAAGGUGCAAAACGCCGCGUUCGUUACAUCGUUCGAACGUGAAGCGUAGAUUUUCUCUUGGUCAAUAACAAAAUUUGAUAGAGCUAUGAUGACGAAUCGGACUUUAUAUGUAAAACUUCGAGGUCAUCAUUUGACAGGCAGGCCUUCGUCAUCGAUUACAUUUGGAUCUAUUUUUUUUAUUCUGAUAUCCUUGUCCUGGUUCACGUGCGUUGUAAACAGUGCAGAUACUGACCAUUGUAUCUGGUAUGGGGAAUGUUAUAAAGAUAUUUAUACACAUAUCAAGAACUGCCAUUACACUGGUCCUGCUAAACCGUUAGAUAAGGAAGGACAAAAACUGCUUGCUGAGCAGUGUCCACAUUUAAUAACUGAUAUAAACAAGGAAACAAAUACCUGUUGUGACAUAAAACAAUUACAAACAUUAAAACAGAAUAUAAAACUUGCAGCAAACUUUUUGAAACGCUGUCCUAGCUGUUUAGAUAACUUAUCCAAACAUUUUUGUGAAUUUACUUGUAGCCCUCAUCAAAGCAGUUUUAUAAAUGUUACAGAAACAUUAAAAGAUAAUGGUAUUGAAUAUGUAAACAAAAUAGAUGUAUAUAUAUCUAACAAGUAUCUAGAUGGAACCUAUAAAUCUUGUAAUAAAGUAUCAGUUCCAAGCACAGGUCAACUUGCUUUGGAUAUUAUGUGUGGGGAAUGGGGCUCAAGCCGAUGUUCUCCAGCAAAAUGGUUUCACUACAUGGGUGAUGCUUCAACAAAUAGUUUCGUUCCCUUUCAAAUUACAUAUAUUGAUACAGAUAAUCCUAUUGGCUCAUUUAAACCAAUGAAUCCAGAAAUUACUCCAUGUAACAAAUCAUUGAAUGAGCAUACUCCAGCAUGUAGUUGUGUAGAUUGUGAAGAUAGCUGUCCAGUUCCACAACCAGUUCCAUUACCUCUAAGGCCAUUCAGUCUUUUUGGUUAUGAUGGAUAUGAAGUUACAAUGAUAAUUAUAUUCAUUUGUGGAUCAGCUAUUUUUGUUUUAUUGGAAGUUUGUUUCAGCAAUCGACAAAAAAUUGUUGCACGAGGGGAGGAGGUAGGAAGACAGGUUGGUAGGCGCCUGGCAGCUGGUUUACACCACCCAGGAGAUGGUGCUCGUAUUGCCCUUGCAGCUGAUCAGGAAGACAGUCCACUACAAUCUAAACGUUCCAGUGUUAUAUCAGCUGAUGAAUUACCUACUGGCUUUGAAGAUACACAAUCUACUUUUAUUGAAAGAUUAGGUGCAGGCACUGAUAAAUUAUUACAAGAAUUUUUCUGUUGGUGGGGUACAGUUUGUGCAUCACGUCCAUGGUUAAUACUUUUUCUUGGAUUUCUUUUUAUUGUUGGUUUGGGACAUGGAAUAAAGUAUAUGAAUGUUACUACAGAUCCAGUAGAAUUAUGGGCAUCACCAUAUUCGCGCUCACGUAUUGAGAGAGAAUAUUUUGAUGAACAUUUUGAACCAUUUUAUAGAACUGAACAAAUUAUUAUAAGUACUUUGGGUUUACCUAAUAUCGUACAUAAUACUUCUAAUGGUCCUGUAACAUUUGGACCCAUAUUUAAUAAAAAUGUUUUCAAAUAUGUUUAUGAACUGCAAGAAAAAAUUAAGAAAAUUUUGACUCCUAGUAAUUAUACUUUAAGUGAUAUAUGUUUUGCACCAUUAAGAAAUGCUUUUACUGAUCAACCAACAGUAGAAGAAUGUGCUAUUCAAAGUGUUUGGGGUUAUUGGCAAAAUGAUUUAGAAAAGUUUGAUAUAUCAACUCUUGAAGAUAAUUAUACUGUAAAUUACUUAGAUCAUUUUGUGAUGUGUUCACAAAAUGCAUACAAUCCUGAUUGUCUUGCGCCGUAUGGUGGGCCAAUUGAUCCUGCUAUUGCUGUAGGUGGCUUCCUUUCGUCAGGACAAGACUUGCAUAAUGCAUCAUACGAAAAAGCUACAGCUGUUAUUCUUACUAUUCUUGUAAACAACUAUCAUAACAAAACAAAAUUACUGCCAGCUUUAGAAUGGGAGAAAAGUUUCAUCGAUCUUAUGAAAAACGUAUCAGCGAAGAUACCAUCUUAUAUGGACAUAGCAUAUACCUCUGAAAGAUCGAUUGAAGAUGAACUAAAUCGUGAAUCUCAAUCAGAUAUACUGACUAUUCUUGUUUCUUAUAUUAUUAUGUUUGCAUAUAUUGCAAUCUCUCUUGGUCAAAUUAGAACUUGUAGUCGGCUUUUGAUUGAUUCAAAAAUUACACUUGGUCUUGGAGGUGUCUUAAUAGUUUUAGCAUCUGUUAUUUGUUCUGUUGGUUUAUUUGGAUUUGUAGGCAUUCCGGCAACACUUAUCAUAAUCGAAGUAAUUCCAUUCCUUGUACUUGCCGUUGGAGUUGAUAAUAUCUUUAUUAUGGUACAAACACAUCAAAGAGAAAGUCGAAGACCAAAUGAAACAGUUCCGGAACAUAUAGGUCGUAUACUUGGUCAAAUUGGACCUAGUAUGUUACUUACAAGUGUAUCAGAAAGUUGUUGCUUUUUCCUAGGUGGAUUGUCUGAUAUGCCUGCUGUGAAAGCUUUUGCUCUUUAUGCUGGUAUGGCAUUAUUGGUGGACUUUAUUUUGCAGGUCACAUGUUUUGUCAGUUUAUUAGCUUUAGAUACAUUUAGACAAAUGAACAAUAGACUUGAUGUAUGUUGUUUCAUCCAUGGUUCAAAGAAAGACACGGGUGAAGAAGUGGUAGAUGGAAUUUUAUAUAAAAUAUUUAAAGUAGCAUAUGUUCCUUUAUUAUUAAAAAAAUGGGUACGCACAUCUGUAAUGGUGAUUUUCUUCGGUUGGCUUUGUACCAGCAUUGCAGUUGUACCACAUAUUGAAAUUGGUUUAGAUCAAGAACUUUCUAUGCCUGAAGAUAGUUAUGUACUGAAAUACUUUAAAUUUUUGAAUAAUUAUCUGUCAAUUGGACCACCGAUAUAUUUUGUUGUUAAAGAUGGUUUGAACUACUCUGAUACACGCCAACAAAAUUUAGUUUGUGGUGGUCAAUAUUGUAACAGUGAUUCAGUAUCUACCCAGAUAUUUACUGCAUCCAAACAAUCAAACAGUACAUAUAUAGCAAAACCUGCUUCAUCUUGGCUAGAUGAUUAUAUUGAUUGGUCUCAGUUAACUGGUUGCUGCAAAUAUUUCAAUGCAAAUAAUUCUUUUUGCCCACAUACAGAUAUGUCCAGUCAUUGUUCUAUAUGCAAUAUAAGUGAAAAUGAAUAUGGUAGACCAGUACCAAUGGAUUUCCAAAAAUAUAUAUCAUUCUUUUUAGAAGAUAAUCCAGAUGAAACUUGUGCUAAAGGUGGCCAUGCUGCCUAUGGGCAUGGUGUAAAUUAUAUUACUGACCCAAAUUCUGGUUUAUCUACAGUAGGAGCAUCCUAUUUUAUGGCCUAUCAUACAAUUUUAAAAACAUCUGCAGAUUAUUAUGAGUCAAUGAGAGCAGCGCGACUAGUUUCAGCAAAUAUAACAAAUAUGAUUAAUGUACAUCUUACACGUCUGGGAGAAAAUAGAAGCGUAGAAGUUUUUCCCUACAGUAUCUUCUACGUAUUUUAUGAGCAGUAUUUAACUAUGUGGCCAGAUACAUUGAAAAGUCUUGGCAUUUCUUUACUUGCCAUUUUUGUUGUGACAUUCUUAUUGAUGGGUUUAGAUAUUUUCUCUUCUUUGGUCGUUUUGAUAACAAUUACAAUGAUUGUGGUCAAUAUUGGAGGAUUAAUGUAUUGGUGGCAUAUUACAUUAAAUGCUGUAUCACUAGUAAAUCUCGUAAUGGCUUUAGGAAUAGCUGUAGAAUUUUGUAGUCACUUAGUGCAUUCAUUUUCCGUAUCUGUUAAAACAACUCGAAUUGAUAGAGUGGCUGACGCUUUAACAAAUAUGGGAAGUUCUAUAUUUAGCGGUAUAACACUUACCAAAUUUGGUGGUAUUAUAGUACUUGGUUUCGCUAAAAGUCAAAUAUUCCAGGUAUUUUACUUUAGGAUGUAUCUGGGAAUUGUCUUGUUUGGCGCUGCACAUGGUUUAAUAUUCUUACCAGUGUUACUUAGUUAUAUUGGCGUGAUGUCACGCCGAGGGGCCAGGACAAUCCACCACUGCUCCAACAGGUCUAAACAUAAUUCUAGGAAUCAGAGGUGUCACAAUGUCAACUCUCCUCUUCUCCAAGACGAUAUCUAUCAACAACCAACCACUUCCUACUCCAGUGUGAAUGACAUCGAUGCGAUAAACCAUCAUGUGACGUUUUAGCGUUAAAUCGUUGUCAAUCAAAUUAAUACAAUUUUUAUAUGUCUAGAGACUGAAACAAAAGUAAGGCAACAAGAAUGUUUGUUUUCUUGUUAGAAAAUGAGUUAUUCUUUCUUAAACAAGUAGGAAGACAUUUGUGUAAGUCUCGUCUUUAAAUUAGAUUUACAUACUAAUUUUUUUAUAUAUAUUAUCUUUUCCGUGGAAGCUAUGCCUUAUAAAUGCGGCGAAUACAAGCAAAGAACGUCAAUAGUGAUUAUUUGUAGCAUCGAAAUUGAUGAUUUAUUGCUAUUUAUUAUAUUGGCAUUUCGUAUUUCUAAAAAGAAAAAGAAAUUCAAAUUUACAUAUUUAGAUUUUUUUUGGCUUUAAAUUAUUUAUUUUCUGCAAGAUUUUAUAAUUUCUUUAUUUUAUUAAACUUAUAGGUAAACUUCCUAUUAGGGUAAUUUCAAUACUUACAUAAUUCGGUUAGUAAAUGACCUCUUUUUAAAGGUUCCAUUUUUAUAGGAAUCUAGUCCUUUAUUAUCGGGCACACAUGAUUUACAUGCAUUUGUAUUAAUUUUGUUAUUGUUUAUUUAGAGCAUGGUAGGAUUUGCAUUUCUUAUAAAUUGUGAGGCUGAUCAUAUAUUCUGAUACUGAUGUUACUUAUAUCAUUCAGAAUAUGCCUAAAUUUUUAAUUAAUUAGAUCUAUAGAUAGUUAUUGGUACAUAUAAUUAUAUUUUCUAAUAUAUACAAGUAAUAUUAAUACAUAUGUUAAUAUCUAAAUUAUUAUUUUAUAUUCAAAUAACGUCGAACAUUAAUAAUGUCCACAUCAUUUUGUCCAAAUGAAUGUUGCCGUCCGUAAUUGAAAUUAUUGGAAAAUUAAUUAUGAAGCAGUUUUUAAAUAAAUAAAAUCGUGAAAACAUGUUCUUUUAAAAGGGUAUGAAAUUAUCGGCGCAUAUAUUUUUAUUUAAUUAUAUUAAUAAAUGUAUUGUAUCGGUAUCAGUAUAUGAAAAUCUGUCUCACAUUUGUUUCUUUUGAUCUUUUACAAACUGAAAGAAUUAUUGAUUAUACAAAUAGUAGUAUUUUUAAUUUGCAAAAGUAUUUUGUAUCGGAUAUAAUGUUAAGAGUAAAUUAAAUUAUUAUUCUCAUAGUAAAUAAAUGAGUUUUUAGCAAAUUUAGGCAACAUGAUUGUAAUACAUAAUUGGAGAAAAGGUUAAAAAGAGAUAUACCAUGACUGCGCUUAUAUAACGUAUAUGAUUUGUCUGAAAUCAUUAUGUCAUUAUAUUUUUUUACAGUCGAGGUUAGUUGUUUACUGUAAACAGUAUAUCCGAUCUACUUUAAAUUUCUAUAAUAGCUUUCAUCGAUAAUAUGUAAUGUGUACUAUUUCAUUAAUGUGAUUAUUGGUAUUAACGUGUACGUUUUUUAGCAAGUAAAUUUAAUUACUCACUUUAUAGAUAUUCUGUUUUGCGAUACGUAGUAUGACUUAUUGCAGUAUUGUUUGGUUGUAAAUGAAAAAUUGACGAAUGAAUAAUUAAUCUUACACGAGUA